AUGUGCGAGCGCCGGCUCACACCGGUAGACGACAACGUUAUCAGCAGAAUGCAAGUUAAAGACAGGGAAGCCCUUUCCAAAAGGGGCAAAGGUUUUAGGAUCUUCAGCAUCCUCCUCUUAGUGGCAGUCCCUGUAGUGGGGAUGCUCGUUCAGAGCAGCAUGAUUGUCCACGACACGAAGAGAGAGAAGGAUUCGGCUGAGGUAGUGUCGGGAGAGAUCUCUCUCAGCACGGAGAUGGGUCUGAUCGCCGUGAGUUUGGCGGUGGAGAGAGGGACCACAGUUCUGUAUGUUGGCUCCGGCAACAACGAUCGAGUGUACGACCGUCUGACGCAGAUGUACAGUGCGACGGAUGAGGCCUUUGCUCUCCUCACCAGGUGGUCGAACGUACCGGAUGAUUCCCCUUGGCAGUUCCGGAGCGGAGAAAACCUGCACGCGUACGUCAAGGAGCACCGCAAAAAACUCCUCGAAAAUCAGACAUCUGUGGAGGAACAAAUCCACGGGGGCGGGGUCUUUUCACGAUAUCACCAUGGUAUUACAUGUGUAAGAGCCGGAUCAGUAGGCACAAUGUGCGAGCGCCGGCUCACACCGGUAGACGACAACGUUAUCAGCAGAAUGCAAGUUAAAGACAGGGAAGCCCUUUCCAAAAGGGGCAAAGGUUUUAGGAUCUUUAGCAUCCUCCUCUUAGUGGCAGUCCCCGUAGUGGGCAUGCUCGUUCAGAGCAGCAUGAUUGUCCACGACACGAAAAUAGAGAAGGAGUCGGCUGAGGUAGUGUCGGGAGAGAUCUCUCUGAGCACGGAGAUGGGUCUGAUCGCCGUGAGUUUGGCGGUGGAGAGAGGGACCACAGUUCUGUAUGUUGGCUCCGGCAACAACGAUCGAGUGUACGACCGCCUGACGCAGAUGUACAGUGCGACGGAUGAGGCCUUUGCUCUCCUCACCAGGUGGUCGAACGUACCGGAUGAUUCCCCUUGGCAGUUCCGGAGCGGGGAAAACCUGCACGCGUACGUCAAGGAGCACCGCAAAAAACUCCUCGAAAAUCAGACAUCUGUGGAGGAACAAAUCCAGUUCUACACAGACAUCAACACCUUCCUGAUCUCCCACCUCGGACAGACUGUCCGCAAAGCUGACUCAUCUCAUGUGUGGAUGAAAGCCAUAGCGUAUCACAUGAUCAUCCUCAGCCAAGAAUACGCAGGUCUUGAGAGAGCCAUAGGAAGCAUCUUCUUCGCUAAAGGUCGCCUGCUGAAAGAGGAAGCCAGCAUGUACCACAAGGUGAAGUUCUACGCGAUGUCCUAUUUCGAAGUGGCCCUGAAAUACUCCGCCGACAUCGCCGCCAUCUUUGACGACCAGUUCAGAAACAGUGUCCUGGAGAAGACACUGACGGCCCAACGCCGACAGAUCCUGAAAAACAACACGGCGCACCCGACAGCCGAGGCCGGCAUCCGCUGGUUCGACAACAUGACAAGCUACAUCACCGUUCUUCAGAACAUGGAGCAGCUGCUCUCCAAGAAGAUCCUGUCGGAUCUUGAAGCCAAAGUUCAAGAUGGCGUCACCAAAGUCACCCUGAACGUCAUCAUCUUGAUCGCGAUGAUGAUAGUGAGCCCCCCGAUCGUGUACGGCGUGUACAAGAUGGCGUCUGACAUGCAUGCCAUCGCCUGCCGUCUGAAGGAUCUCACACAGGAGCUGGAGUAUGACCGAGAAAAGGCAGAAAUUCUCCUGGGUCAGAUCUUUCCAAAAUGCAUCGCGAACCAAAUGAAGGAAAACAACGCCGUUCCUGCGAGAUAUUUCGAAAAGGUGACAGUGAUGUUUUCGUCCAUUGUGGGGUUUGCUGACAUCUCCGCCAUGAUGUCCCCACACCAGGUUGUGGACAUGUUGAACCGCCUCUACCACACCUUUGACUCCAUCAUUGACGACUAUGACGUUACCAAGGUGGAGAGUACAGGCGGCGUGUACCAGGUUGUGUCGGGGCUACCCUCGGCCAAUGGUGACCGGCACGCCGGGGAGAUCGCCUCCCUGGCCCUGCGCUUCAUGGCGGUGACGAAGAACUUCAACCCGCUGCUCGUCUCCUGCAAGAUCCGCCUCCGCAUCGGGGUCCACACAGGCUCGUGCGUGGCAGGAGUGGUGGGAUACAACCGACCCCGGUACUACGUCUUCGGGCGAACUGUCAACAUCGCACAGAAGCUUGAGGCAACCAGCGAAGCGAACAGAAUCCAGAUCUCCUGUGAGACCAUGCACACACUGACGUUACGGGGACGCUUCACCGCCGUGCCGCGGACUGAUACGCCUCUGGCUAUCAAGGACUUGAUGCCAGACAUCUACAAGCGGACCUUCUGGCUGAUCGGUCAUCAACAGCCCAGCCCGACCGCGGAGAAGAAGAAGGACAUCUUUGUCGUGUCUUCAGGAGAAGGCGCGGUGGGUUUUCAGAACAACUAUCCGGAGAAACGUGUGACGUGGCAAAGUGCCAAGUGGCAAGUGUAGCUCUUGUACACUACAGUGUCGCCUGUUUUACGGACAUGUGAGAAAAGGUGGGAUAUUUAGAGUUAGUCUAAAAGAAUACCUACCCUGAAAUCUUGGCAGCGUCUGUCAGCACAACACACAUAUAAUUGACAUGAAACAGAUAAUGAUAUUAAAUAAACAAAAUGUGAUAUUAAAAAAAAUAUGCCGACUAUUCUGUAAAUAUCCAAGGAAAUUGUGGCUAUGGAUAACAUAUC